AUGCUUGCGACGCCUCCAAUAGCUGAAGACGACUACUUAUGUGAAACUACUGCCUCUCAAAAGCAAGUCGAACUGACAAUCAAGCCUAUAUAUGAAGGGUUGUUCCAGGGAAUUCAUCCUGGAGAAGUGUAUGAUCAGGAGAUCGCCACAGAUUCCCACUUAAAGUUCUUGGAGUACUUCAUGGACAAUGCCUUACCUGAGCCCUUCUACAGGCUAGACGCUUCCCAGCAGUGGUUGAUAUACUGGAUAAGCAAUGCACACGUGGUGUUGAGCGGGAACGAUCUCCUGGAGGAUAUGAAGAAAAAGAUUUCACAGAAGGUCAAUGCAUUGAUUGUGGAGGAAGGUAAGGGUGGAAUUGCCGGUGGACCUAAUGGGCAGAUUGGACAUGUUGCCUCUACAUACGCAGCCGUUCUUCUGUUGAUUCUUGCUGAAGAUUAUGGUACGUUGGAUCGGAUCAAGGACAACAUGCUACAAUGUCUUUUCACGUUGAAAAACAAGGAUGGGUCCUUUGCAAUGCAUCCCGGCGGAGAGUGUGACACUCGAUCGACGUAUUGUGUUCUUGUGAUCAGUUCUCUACUUGAUCUCCCUACUCAAGAGCUCUGGCGGGGCUGCAGAGAGUGGGUUUCUUCGUGCCAGACAUUCGAAGGUGGUUUUGCUGGGGUCCCAGGAACGGAGGCUCACGGCGGGUAUACGUUCUGUGCUUUGGCAAGUUUCUUUUUGCUAGGCAGAAGAGAUGGUGAUUUUGACAGAUCUUCUCUCCUACGGUGGCUAGCUGACAGACAAUUGAGCUUGGAAGGUGGGUUCUCAGGCAGAACAAAUAAGCUCGUUGAUGUAUGCUACAGCUUUUGGGUCGGUGCCUCUUUUGCUUUAAUGGAAGCUGACACUCUGGAGUCUGCUCUAUUCAACAAACAGGCGUUGAUAUCUUACAUUGCCAAUUGUUCCCAGGAAACUGACGGUGGAGGCCUUAGAGACAAGCCUGGGAAGUCGCCAGAUUUGUACCAUACCAACUAUGCACUCUGUGGAAUUAGUAUGGCGGAACACUCUUACAGAAAUAUUAAUGGGGACGCUUACACCUUUGAAGCUCAUGAGCUUCAUGAAGGGUCUUCCUACACCUUGCCAGUGAGCCCUGUGUUUGGCAUCCCUCUCAGGUAUGUCGAGAAGUACAGAGCGCACAUAGAAAAGAAAUAG